UCUUAUCCGAUGCUAUGCGUAGACGCGCGUAUCUGCGCGACAGGAGCGCAUUUGACAGCAUCUAAUUGCGCUGCUGCGAGAACACAUCAAAAGCAUCAAGAACACACAGAAGGGUCACCGGGAGCCAGACACUUCAUCACAAAGGGGCUACUUGUCAAAAGAGAAGACGAGUGCUGUGAAAAUCGAGUGCAGUCAUGGCCUCGAAGUACAAUCCAAACGUCCUUUAUGUCCGGGAGCCCCGGGAGUCUCUGACCUCUCCGGACUCUCUAGUUGAAGCGGGUGACGAAUCAUCGGACAGCGACGGGGAGCCCGAGGAGACCUCGCACAAACUCAUCCGAAAAGUAUCCACCUCCGGUCAAAUCCGAGCCAAGAAGAGUGUAAAGGAGGGACUUCUAUUGAAACAGACCAGUUCUUUCCAGAGAUGGAAGAGGAGAUAUUUCAAACUGCGAGGCAGGACUCUUUACUAUGCCAAAGAUGCAAAGUCUCUCAUAUUUGAUGAGGUCGACCUCUCAGAUGCCAGUGUGGCCGAAACCAGCACCAAGAACAUCAAUAACAGUUUCACAGUUAUCACUCCAUUCCGUAAGUUGAUGUUGUGUGCAGAGAGCAGGAAGGAGAUGGAAGACUGGAUCAGUGCUCUAAAGUCCGUGCAGAAAUGGGAGACUUACGAGGCCAGUCAGUUUAACAUGGAGCAUUUUUCCGGGAUGCAUAACUGGUACGCCUGCUCUCACGCUCGCCCAACCUUCUGCAAUGUGUGUCGAGAGGCUCUGCCCGGGGUCACCUCUCAUGGCCUUUCAUGUGAAGUGUGCAAAUUUAAAGCCCACAAACGAUGUGCCGUAAGAUCCACAAACAACUGUAAGUGGACCACUUUGGCCUCCAUAGGAAAUGACAUCAUCGAAGAUGAGGAGGGAGUGUCUAUGCCACAUCAGUGGCUGGAGGGGAACUUGCCGGUCAGUGCUAAGUGUUUGGUGUGCGACAAAAAUUGCGGUAGCGUUCGUCGACUGCAGGACUGGCGCUGCCUCUGGUGCAAGGCCAUUGUACAUAACAGCUGCAAGGAGCAGUUGGGGAAGGUUUGUCCUCUGGGUCAGUUUAAAGUCUCCAUAAUCCCACCCACUGCACUUAACAGCAUUGACUCUGACGGCUUCUGGAACGCCACAAGUUCGUCCUGCACGAGUCCUCUGCUGGUGCUGGUGAACAGUAAGAGUGGUGAUAAUCAGGGCGUUAAGUUCCUGCGAAGGUUUAAGCAGCUUCUGAACCCAGCACAGGUCCUCGACCUCAUGAACGGUGGCCCACAGCUGGGGCUACGUCUCUUCCAGAAGUUUGAGACUUUCCGUAUUCUGGUCUGUGGUGGAGAUGGGAGUGUGGGCUGGGUUCUGUCUGAGCUAGACACACUUGGCUUACACAAACAGUGCCAGUUGGGCGUGUUGCCGUUGGGCACAGGAAAUGACCUGGCGCGUGUGCUGGGCUGGGGAGGGCUUUGCGACGACGAUGCUCAGCUGCUGCAGGUUCUGGAGAAACUGGAGAGAGCAACCACCAAGAUGCUGGACAGAUGGUGUGUGAUGACCUAUGAAGUCCCCACCAAACACACUGCUGCAAUCAUAAAGGAGGAGGAUGCAUCAGACUGCCCCCUACAGAUUACACAAUAUGCUGAUUCUGUUGCCACUCACUUGACCAAAAUCCUGGACUCAGACAAACACAGUGACGUGAUAUCAUCUGCUAAGUUUCUGUGUGGGACGAUUAAUGAUUUUGUGGGUGCGGUCGGCAAAGCUUACGAACGAGCCACAGAGAAUAAAGAAGAAGCUGAUCUAAUGGCAAAAAAGUGUGCUUUGCUGAAUGAAAAGUUGGAAUCUCUGGUAAAGGCUCUGAGCGACGAUGCUAAUGCCCAGCUGGUGCCGGCCGGGUCCAUCUCACCAGAGGAGGGCGACACUGAUCAGUCCAAAUCCUUCAGAUCAAGAGAGCAGCUGAUGUUGAGGGCCAACAGCCUGAAGAAAGCACUCAGACAAAUCAUAGACCAAGCCGAAAAAGUGGUGGAUGAGCAGAACAGACACACUCAGGUGCAGAGAAUGUCAUCUUCAACAAUGAAAAGAGGCAGCAUUGAGGAUCUCAAAGAGGCGGAGUCACGUCAAACCACAUUGAGUCCAACUGCCACAACCUCUAUUUUAUUGGAGAAGUCAGAGAGCUUCAGCAAUGUGCUUUUCUCUGAAGAUUCUGUGCAGUGCACAGAGAAGUGUGUGAUGAAUAACUAUUUCGGCAUUGGGCUGGAUGCCAAAAUAUCUCUAGAAUUCAACAACAAGAGAGACGAGCACCCCAAAAAGUGCAGCAGUCGCACUAAAAACAUGAUGUGGUACGGAGUUCUAGGAACCAAAGAACUAGUGCAGAAAACCUACAAGAACCUGGAACAAAGAGUUCAGCUGGAGUGUGAUGGAGUGCCCAUGUCCCUGCCGAGUCUUCAGGGUCUUGCUGUCUUAAACAUCCCCAGCUAUGCAGGAGGAAUUAAUUUCUGGGGUGGCACCAAAGAGGACAACAAUUUUGGGGCUCCGUCAUUUGAUGAUAAGAAGCUGGAGGUGGUGGCUGUGUUUGGCAGUAUGCAGAUGGCCAUGUCUCGAGUCAUCAACAUACAGCAUCACCGCAUCGCCCAGUGUCGGCAGGUGAAGAUCACCAUCCUGGGGGAUGAAGGUGUACCUGUGCAGGUGGAUGGAGAGGCCUGGAUUCAGCCGCCUGGCAUUGUUAAAAUCAUCCACAAGAAUCGUGCCCAGAUGCUUACCAGAGACAGGGCAUUCGAGAGCACGCUGAAAUCAUGGGAGGACAAACGCAAAGGUGACAGCCGGCCUUCACGCCCUCGACUGAACUCCCAGCAGUCAAUGGAGUAUCUAACAGAGGAAGAAUGUGCUCAGGUUCAGCAGCUGGGCUUAGUGGCCGACAUACUCAUCAACAGAAUACGCGAGGUGGCUAAAAGUCAUAAGGUUGUGGAGCAGGAGCUCGCUCAUGCUGUCAAUGCCAGUGCUGCGGUUUUAAGCGAAGCAUUUCCCUCCAAACCCUCCAGCCCUGAGGGUUUGAGUCGCAGUACAGCAGUAGACAUUGUCAACAGCAGUAAAAUCCUUCAGCAAGAGACCAAGAUGCUGUUGGAAGGAAGACUACUGGUGAGAGACCAGUUGGAGAGCUCUCAGAAAGAGGAGCUUCUUUCCACGGUGGACAGUCUCAGCACCGAGUUACACAAGUUGGAGGAUAUUCACUGGAUCUGUCCAAGCAUGCACUGCUCUGAGGAGGAAUCGUCCCGUGUAAGUGGAAAAAGCAGUAUGAAGCUGAAAAUAAUGCCCAAGGGGAAGAAAGAGAGAGAGAAGUUGCAUAAGCAGCGGUCUAACAGCUCUCUGUCAGGUACAUGGGACAUCAAGGGGGUGUGUGAUGUAGAUCCUGCAGGCAACUGAAGAAGUAAAAUGGUUUGCUGCACCAUUACCGUGAGGACCAUGGGAUGCUGCUUUAUGCCCGGUUAGGGAGGUGUGAGACCACCUGCGCAGACACACAUCAUACUUCGAACCCCAAGUGUUUGUGAGCUUCUUUUGGAGGGGCAUGGCCCGGCACCAAAUUACUUUUGUGGUUCUUUUUCUGAUUUAUCCUCUGUCUGUAUAGGGUUUUUAUGUUGCCAUCAUCAGAGUGCUAAAGUGGACCACAGCUUUCAGAAUCCUUCCACUCUUGCUCCUCUCUUUCUGUUUCAACAAUGCGGUUCCCAAGCAUGAUGAACUUUAUUUUCAUCUUUUAUCCUUCGUAUUCAAGCCGUCAGACACAAACUUUCUUUGUUCUCCAGAGAAAACAAAUAGACUUAUUUUCGUCACGUCCUGUAGCCAUCUGAACAAAAAUGAACAAAGUCCAACCGAAUCAUGCUGAAAAAUUGUAUUGUCAAUAAAACAAAAGCAAAAACUAAUAUCCUGAUGAAUGAAUGUAUGGUGGACCUGUAUUAUUCGUCAAAACGGCCGAAUAGUUAGAAAACUGCAUUUAGUCUCUUUAUAUCUCUAGACGAAGACCAUCUGGGGUACUGCAUGCCUUUCAUGCCCUUAUGCAGAAAAAAAGGUCUAAUUUCUCUUAAUCUCUUGAUCAUCAGCCAAGUUGUGAUGGUGUAUCACUAGUGUGUCAAUUGAGCCGGUGUUGUAGAAGCUUCAGUGACGUUAAUCUUGUGCCAAGUAAGUAAAUGGAGCGCAGUGGUUUAAAGUGAGCUGUUUCUUAUACUUUCCUUAUUUCUGCAGGGAAAUCUUGUGAAAGAAAGUGAUGCUGUAUGUUGAACAUUUCAAAGUGUAUUUUAUCUCGCCUUGCACUUUAAUAUAGAACAGAGAUCUCAGAAAAAAACAACUUAAAGUUUUGUGUGUUGUUUUAUCUUGAAAAUACAUGGAUUAAGGUAUGUUACAAGAGAGUUUAUAAUCAAACUUUAUGAAUGUUAUUUAGACGUUGUCCCUUUUCAGGGUUCAAUCUUACUGUAAAUGGAAAUCCAGAGGUGAAGAAAACUUGAACUUUUAUCUUAAUAUUGCUGUAUAGUUUGCAAGCAGUAUUUAUCAAAAUUCCAAUGGUACAUGUUUCCAUUCAAAAAAAUAUACAUACUGGACAACCUAUUUGUUUUCUUAGUUGUGAUCCAAAGUCUUUAUUGCUCUGUACAAAAAUAAAGACAUUGAAAAUGUGGGCUUGAUACAGAAAUGUGAUGGACAGUCUAGGUGCUGACUGUGCCUUUAAAAGAGGGAGUGUAUUUUUAUUUUAAACUGUUUUUUGUUUUGCACCUUUUCGUUGAAAAGCUCCUCUAAGUGUUGUUGCUGUGUGCUGUUUAGUUUUGAUCGACGUUUGGUGCAGAAAUGCAUCACUUUAUCAUCUCCAUGUAUCAAGCCAUUGGUUAUAGGACUGUGUUUAUCAGGUACAAGAAGGCAAUUAUUUUAUGAACAGAAAUUUAUUUUUAUUUGAACGGAACGAAAGAGAUUGACUUUGUUUUUGCUGGUACCCUUUUCAUUGUCAAACUACUGUUUACUUAAAUGAAAUGAAUUAUUUAUCCUUUAAUUUAAAAUGUUUUGCCACACUUAUUUCAGGAUUGUUGCUGUUGACUUGAAGCAAAAAUAAAGAGUGUGGCCAUUGCUGUUU